AUGGGGCCCGGCCCCCGCCUUGUGCCCUGCUGCACCCCGGAGCCACGGCCCCACUACGAGCUGGUCCCCACUGUUCCCUGGCUUGGAGUGCUCCUGGGGCUCCUGUGUGGCUGUUUCAGCUACCGCUGCUUCAGGGCUGUCAUGUUCCUCUCUUGGCUGCUCUUCAGCUCCGCUGUCAACUUCAUGCUGUGCUACGGGCAGCUGGGGCCAGUGGCGAGCGUGGGUAUCGCGCUGCCCACCGUGCUGCUGUGCAGCAUCGGGCUCUUCAUGAGGGGGCUGCUGCUAGCCGCAGCCACGCUGGCCAUGGCUGCACCGGUGCCGCUGAGCACGGCGCUGACGCUCCUCUGCGCACUCCAGGUGCUGCGCUGGACCACGGGGGUGACUGUGGUGGCCACCGCGGCACCGGGAGCCACCACUGUCCUGGUAGGUGCCGAUUACUUUGUGGAGGCACUUGUGCUGGUGCUGUUUGUGUGCGAGCAGCUGCUGGGAGCCUGGGCCCUGCUCAGCUUCUUUGCUGAGAUGCUCCAAUGGAGGGUCAUGGCCCACAGCUGUGCACAUAGCGCCGCCCCCUGCAGCUCUUGGCAGCAGCAGCUCCUGUGGCAGAAAGAGACCGAGAGUCGGAUGAACCCGACUCCCUCCGAGGACCCCCAGGGGUGGCACGCAGCCCCCAGUGAGCCUGUACCAGGGUUUGAAACAAGGCCGGGACAAGACCAUGACAAGGAACACGAGGGGCUGGGUGGGGAGGGGGCCACGAGAUGA